AUGGAUCGCAAUAAAGAAAAAAAUCAGAGCCGCGAAGGACUUCUGCGAGAUUAUGACGAUAAUGGACAAACGCCAAUUCGGAAAUCAUUCGAAGAUGCCUAUCGAAAUUCAGAGGAAUCUGAUAUCGACGCCACGGAUUAUCUCAAUCCGAAUCACCCUCAGGUUUCAGUGCCCGCAUAUCAUACCAGCACUCAAUUGAGUAAUCUACGACGUACUUUGGCUCGACGGUCGAAAUGUCUUAUAAUAACAAUUCUCGUUGGAGUAGUGUUUUGGUCGGUUCUUGCUGGAGGAGGUUUCUGGUUAUACAAGAAAACACCUGCAACUGGACAGUCACCGCCAUGGUACCCAACACCACCUGGAGGCACAGUAUCACAAUGGAGCGAGAGUUACAAGAAGGCCGCCGCCUUGGUCGAAAAAAUGACGUUGCCGGAAAAGGUGAAUAUUACCACGGGUACCGGAUGGCAGAUGGGGCUUGCAGUUGGCAAUACUGGUCCUGCAUUGAAUGUAGGUUUUCCUGGUCUCGCCUUGCAAGACGGACCCUUGGGGCUACGAUUCGCCGAUAAUGCGACGGCCUUCCCAGCGGGUAUCACUGUUGGAGCGACAUUCAACAAGGAAUUGAUGUACAAGCGGGGCAAGGCACAUGGCCAAGAAGCCAGAUUGAAGGGAGUUAAUGUGCUCUUAGGACCCUGUGUUGGACCAAUAGGUCGAAUGCCCGCAGGCGGGCGGAACUGGGAAGGAUUCGGCACAGAUCCAUAUCUUCAAGGUGUUGCCGCAGCUCAAACCAUCAAAGGCAUUCAAGAAGAGGGCGUUAUUGCUACGAUUAAGCAUUUCGUUGGGAAUGAGCAAGAACACUUCAGACAAAGUUAUGAGUGGGGAUUACCAAAUGCCAUGUCAUCUAACAUUGACGAUCGAUCUCUGCAUGAACUGUAUGGGUGGCCUUUCGGAGAUGCUGUAAAAGCUGGAGUGGCCAGCGUUAUGUGCAGUUACCAAAUGGUGAACAACUCAUACUCGUGUGGAAAUUCGAAGCUGCUUAACGGAAUUCUGAAAGAUGAACUUGGAUUUCAAGGCUUUGUUCAAUCCGAUUGGCUUGCGCAAAGAUCUGGUGUAGCAAGUGCACUUGCUGGACUUGAUAUGACCAUGCCAGGAGACGGCCUUAUCUGGGUAGAUGGGAAAUCUUUAUGGGGCCCCGAGCUGAGUAAAUCAGUUCUAAAUGGGUCAUUGCCCGUCUCGAGACUCAAUGACAUGGUGACCAGAAUUGUAGCUGCUUGGUAUCAGCUGGGACAAGAUGAUAAAUCAAAAUUUGAUGGUGAAGGUCCCAACUUUUCCUCAUGGACCAAUGAAGAGAAAGGAUACAUCAAUGCUGGAAGCGCUGAUGAUAAGGACAAGAAAGUUGUCAACAAAUUUAUCGAUGUCCAAGGUACAGGCGAUGAAGCGCAUUCUAUCAUAGCACGCCAAGUAGCCACUGAGGGAACUGUGCUAUUGAAGAACGAGGACAAUUUACUACCUUUAAAUAGGAAUGGUUGGAGCUCACCAGAAAAGCAUGAACUCGUAUACAGAAUAGGGAUCUUCGGCGAGGAUGCAAGUGAAGGUGAAGGUCCAAAUGUGUGCCCAGAUAGAGGUUGCAACAAAGGUACAUUAGGAUCUGGAUGGGGGUCUGGCGCCGUUGACUUUCCUUACUUGAUUUCUCCAAUCUCAGGUAUCAAGAAAUCGUUCAACCCGGAACAUGUCUACAUUACUGUCUUUCCCACAAAUUCUCCCCCAUUGAAGAAGGCUCCAGCAAUUAUCAAAGACCAAGAUGUUUGCAUCGUAUUUGUCAAUUCUGAUGGCGGAGAAGGAUAUAUUAGUUAUGAAGGCAUUCGUGGCGACCGCAAUGACUUGAACCUACAGCAUGGAGGCGAGAAACUUGUGAAACAAGUCGCUGAAGGGUGCGGAGGAGGGAAAGGUAACACAAUUGUAGUAGUCCAUGCUGUCGGACCAGUUGUUAUGGAUGAGUGGAUUGAUCUGCCAGGAGUCAAAGCAGUGAUAAUGGCAAAUCUUCCUGGACAGGAAAGUGGAAAUGCAAUUGCUGAUAUCUUACUCGGCAACGUAAACCCAAGUGGUAAGCUACCUUAUACCAUUGGAAAAUCUUUGCAAGAUUAUGGUCCUGGUGGUCAAGUUUUGUACUAUCCAAAUGCUGUUGUCCCACAGCAAAACUUUACAGAAGGAUUGUACAUUGAUUAUCGCCACUUCGACAAAUACAGCUUGGAACCUACAUUUGAGUUUGGCUUCGGACUCUCAUACACCACUUUUGAAUAUACAAACCUCAAGGUCGAUGCUAUUUUACCCAAAUCAUCUUUCCCAGCCACUCGCCCAAACGGAAUUCUUCCACCUACUUUCGAUGAAAAGAUUCCAGACGCUAGUGAAGCCCUGUUCCCUUCAAAUAUCAGGAAGCUCUCCAAAUUUAUUUAUCCAUAUAUCGAAAAGGUCUCGGAUAUCAAGGAGGGCAAGUACCCAUAUCCAGAGGGUUAUGACACCGAACAGACCCCAUCACCAGCUGGGGGAGAUGAAGGCGGCAAUCCUGAUCUCUGGAAUGUUUACGCCACUGUAUCAGUCGACCUCAAGAAUACUGGGAGUGUGACUGGCAAAGAAGUAGCGCAGUUAUACCUCGAAUAUGACAAAAUUAGUGGCGAAGCUGCCAACAUCGAAUUUCCAGUCAGGGUCUUGAGAGGAUUCGAGAAAGUUGAACUCGCAAAGGAUGAGAUGGCAACAGUGAAAUUUGAGCUCACGAGAAGGGAUUUAAGUUAUUGGGAUGUAGUCAGGCAGAAUUGGGUCAUGCCCACAGAGGGAAGUUUUACGAUCAGGGUGGGUGCUAGUUCGAGGGAUUUGAGGCUCGCGGGAUCUUUGUGA